UUGUGGGGAGCAAAACAACUCUGAAAACACAUUCUUUUCUUUCUUCUAGUUUCAAACUUCGGGGUCAAGUGCUUUUUUGAGGGACAAAGUCCCAACUUCAUCCAUCUAAAUUUUAAUGGCUCUUUCCAUUGCUUCAACUGCAUUGUCAAGCUUUUCGCCAAGGGAAUCACCACAGAAAAGCUUAAAUGUGAUAGGUUUGCAAACAUGUACUACGAAGCUAAGAACAGAUAACCAUAGAGUGGCUGCAGGAAAAGCUGCUUCAAGUGUUUGUGAACCACUUGCUCCUGAUAGACCCGUAUGGUUUCCUGGUACUUCACCACCUCAGUGGCUUGAUGGCAGUCUACCGGGGGAUUUCGGGUUCGACCCAUUUGGACUAGGUUCUGAUGCAGAGACACUCAAAUGGAAUGCACAAGCCGAACUAAUCCACGGUAGAUGGGCAAUGCUAGCAGUUUCUGGAAUUUUAUUUCCAGAAUUGCUUGAAAGCUUAGGCUUCAUUGACAAAUUUUCAUGGUAUGAAGCCGGUUCUCAACAAUACUUUGCAGAUUCCACUACACUAUUUGUCUCUCAAAUGGCAUUAAUGGGAUGGGUUGAAGGUCGUCGGUGGGCUGACAUUUUGAACCCCGGUUCAGUCGCCAUAGAACCGAAAAUGCCAAAUAGAAAAAUACCGACGCCUGAUGUCGGAUAUCCUGGUGGUUUAUGGUUUGAUCCGUUUAUGUGGGGAAGAGGUUCACCAGAACCAGUUAUGGUUUUGAGAACCAAAGAGAUCAAGAAUGGUAGACUUGCUAUGUUGGCUUUUGUUGGGUUCUUGUUUCAAGCUCUUUAUACAGGUGAAGGUCCUAUUGAGAACUUGAUGGCUCAUAUUGCUGAUCCUGGUCACUGCAACAUUUUCUCGGCUUUUGCAUCACACUGAAGAAGAACUAGUGGUUAUGUAAUUAGUACUUCAAAGCCCAAAACCAACACCAGCGACAGUUCUUACUUCGUAGAUAAAUUUUUUUUUAACUUUCUUUCGGACAAGGGUAUCAACUUAAUGUGUUGUAAUUAUAUUGUAAAUCUGUAAUUCUGAUAUAUAACCAUUUUUUCGUGAUUGGGAAAUCUGAUGUAUUUCGAUGCCAUACCGAAAUGAUAAAAUGCACGUCA